AUGAGUGCAACCAGUGCAACAUCUACUACGCCAACGGCAUAUCAAUAUGCAAAUCCAUUACUAUAUACGCUUAGGGAUUAUCAUACGGAUAUCGAUCCAUAUUGGAUCAUAUUCUUACGAUUUGUCUCUCUACAAUUCUCUUUACGUCUUUGGAACAGAGCGGUCUACGGAGAAUGGUCAACACCAGUUGAAUUUAUAGUGGAUGCCCCCGAACACGACAGCAGUGAUAAGCCUUCCACUAUCGAGGUCACUUCAAUGGAACCUCUCGGACGUCGACUGUCUCCUACUAUUUCAACCGUUUACAUUCUCCAGGAUUUUAAGAAAAAGAAAAAGAAAAAAGAAAAGAAAAAGAAACAACCGACUUUUGAUCUUUUCGAUUCAUUUUACUAUUGUAUACCAUUACUUGGACAUGCUGGAUGGUAUUGUUAUAUUCAAUCAUCAUGCAUGUCUGCGACAGAUGGCACCACUUGGAAUUGUUAUAAUGUAUUCGGCUAUAGGCUAUACAAUUACUUAUUUGAGCAAUAUGCUAAUUUUGCAAUUGGUUAUUUGACGAAAUUAUUCUUUCUAAAAUAUGGCAACAAGAAAGAAGAAGUUGAAAAAAAGAGCAAGUUCCGAAGGUUCUGCUCUCGUUUUGCAUUUUAUCUAAGCGCAUCUAUUUCAACAGUUACAUUUGUUUUCAUUGGGAGUUUAGUUGUCACGUUUUUUUUUACAAAUGUUAUACCUAUGAUAUGCGCUUAUUUAUUCAUAUUUGUGAUCUACGUAAGUAUAUGCACGAUUGUAGUUUACUUUGCGGUCCUUUUCAUAGACCGUCACUUAGCUGCUAGUUCUGAUCAAGAAUUAACAGCUUUUGAGUUAUUUCGUCGCAAAUAUCGUCAUCCACUGAAAGCUCAUCUGCUCAGUAUCCAACUUUUUAUAUAUAUAGUGCCAACGUUUUACAAUUAUUCUCAAUAUAUUUACUAUGGACAAGAUUUUUAUCAAGCAAUAACUAACGAAUUCGCUUCGAGAGACUCUCAACAAUAUAUCGAUCAGCGUCUAAAUCAGACAUCUGGAUGGGGCCAUACAUUACUAAGCUUUAUGUAG